AUGUCGGCAAACACAUCCACCGCCUUCGUCGAAGCCAACGGCGCCCAAGUCUUCUACAGAAAAGCCGGCCCAAGCAGCGCAGACGCACCCACCGUCCUCCUCCUCCACGGCUUCCCAUCCUCGUCUCACCAAUUCCGCAACUUGAUGCCUCUCCUCGCCGCCCAGGGAUACCGCGUGCUCGCCCCAGAUCUGCCCGGCUUCGGCUUCACCACAGUCCCCGACAACUACACCCACAGCUUCGACAAUCUCGGCACCACAAUCGACGCCUUCGCCUCGGCCCUGUCUCUCCAAAAGUACGCCAUCUACAUAUUCGACUACGGCGCCCCCACCGGCCUGCGCCUGGCCCUCAAAAACCCCGAAAAGGUCGUCGCCAUCAUCAGCCAGAACGGAAACGCCUACGACGAGGGGCUCGGCGCCGAGUUCUGGGCCCCCGUGCGCAAGUACUGGGCCUCUGGUGCCGACGAGGACAGAAACGCCCUCAGGGGCCUCCUGGAGUCGGACGCGACCAAGUGGCAGUACACGCAUGGCUCUCCCAACGCCGGCAAGGUGCAGCCGGAGGCGUACGCGCUCGACCAGGCGCUGAUGGACCGCGUGGGCAACAAGGACGUGCAGCUGGAUCUGUUUUACGACUACCGCAGCAACGUGGCGCUGUAUCCCAAGUUCCAGGAGUACUUGCGCACCUCCAAGGUUCCGGUUUUGGCUAUUUGGGGCAAGAACGAUGUCAUUUUUGUUCCUCCUGGCGCUGAGGCGUUCAGGAGGGAUGUGGAGAAGCUCGAGGUGAAGCUGCUGGAUGCUGGGCAUUUUGCGAUUGAGACGAAUGAGGAGGAGUUUGCUGCUAGUAUUGUCUCCUUUUUUGAGAAGUUUCAGGUAUUUGGAAGCCGUGAAAGAAAAGUAUAA